AUGGCGUUACCGCUGAAGCCAGGCCUGACGCCGGCCGAGGUGGCCUUUUUGUGCGAGAUGGAGAUGGUCACGGUCAUACCGCGCCAGCGCCUCGACUCGCUCGAGCUGCUCGGUGGCCCUACCAAAGCACUUACACCGCCGUUCCCCACGCCGCUCCCUCUCUGGCUCGCUUUGCUACUCAAACGCCAGCGACGCGCAAACAUCCUGCCUCCACCCUGGCUCAACCCCGAAGCUCUUGCCGCAAUCCUCGACAUCGAAGUCGACAACGAGGACCUCUUCUCUCCGCCACCUCCUCUCGCUGCAGCUACCACUCUCCCUUCGGACCUAUAUCUAGAUCGCACUGCUCUGGAAGUCUCGUCGCCCUUCUUGCCCUCGAGCACCUCAAACGCUGCACCAGAUGCCUUGCCCUACCACUGGCUGGAACUGAGCCAUAUGCUCCUAUCACAUGCCUCUGAUGACUUUGAAGAGCCCGAUACCGUCAGAGGUCUGCUACGCGAUCUCAGAGAGGUCCGCAUGGCCAAGCUCAGGAAAGGCCUCAAGGUCCUAGAUGCUGGCGCUGGCGUGCAAAUGAACGGCGUCGGUGCUCUCGAGAUUGCAGAAUCGAGAUCUUUCAUUGCUGCUGUCAUUGACGGCCUGAGAAAGAUCGGUGCCUCGAGAGAGCAGACGCGCAAGGAAAGAGACGCAGAAGACGCCGAAAAUGGCUACGCGGCGAGCUCAAUCGACGACCAAGACGACGACAUGUUAUGA